CUCCUCUCCAGUGCCAACAUGCAGAAGCAGGUGGAGGUGAGGAUGCAUGAGAGCCAGCUGGAGCCGGUGGAGAAGACCGAGGAGUCGGCGUGCGGCGGCUGCUGCGACAAGAUCAUGAACAACAUGGUGCUGACGCUGACCAUCCUGGGUGUGUUUCUGGGCUCCAUCUCCGGCAUGCUGCUGCGUCACAUCGCUCCGCUCCCCCCUGACGUGGUCAUGAUCAUCUCGUUCCCUGGAGAGAUCCUGAUGAGGAUGCUGAAGAUGCUGAUCCUGCCGCUGGUGGUGUCCAGUCUGGUCACAGGCCUGGCCGGUCUGGACGCCAAGUCCAGCGGGCGUCUGGGCACGCGGGCCAUGGUAUACUACAUGUCCACCACGGUGAUCGCCGCCGUCCUGGGGGUGAUCCUGGUCAUCGUCAUCCACCCGGGGAACCCCAAGCUGAAGGCCAACCUCGGCCACGGCAAGAAGAACGACGACGUCUCCAGCGUGGACGCCUUCUUCGACCUCAUCCGGAACCUCUUCCCCGAGAACCUGGUGCAGGCCUGCUUCCAACAGAUCCAGACGGUGAUGACUAAGGUCCCGGUGCCCACCAACAGAACCAGAGGCCCCUCCAGGUUCACCAUCAAGAGGUCCCUGCAGUUCAAGGGCGGCAUGAACGUCCUCGGUCUGAUCGGGUUCUUCGUGGCCUUCGGGAUCAUCAUGGGGAAGAUGGGGGAGAAGGCCCGUCUCAUGCUGGAGUUCUUCAACAUCCUGAACGAGAUCGUCAUGAAGCUGGUCGGGGCCAUCAUGUGGUACUCCCCCCUCGGUAUCGCCUGUCUGAUCUGUGGUAAGAUCAUCUCCAUUGCCGACCUGGAGGUGGUGGCCCGUCAGCUGGGCAUGUACAUGGUGACCGUGAUCGUGGGUCUCAUCAUCCACGGGGGCAUCUUCCUCCCGCUCAUCUACUUUGUCAUCUGCAAGAAGAACCCCUACACCUUCUUCAUGGGCAUCUUCCAGGCCUGGGUCACAGCCCUGGGAACAGCCUCCAGUGCCGGCACGCUGCCCGUGACGUUCCGGUGCCUGGAGGAGAACCUGGGCAUCGAUAAGCGCGUGACGCGCUUCGUUCUGCCGGUCGGCGCCACCAUCAACAUGGACGGCACCGCGCUGUACGAGGCCGUGGCCGCCAUCUUCAUCGCCCAGAUGAACGGCAUCGACCUGGACUGGGGCCAGAUCAUCACCGUGAGCAUGACAGCCACCCUGGCCAGCGUGGGAGCGGCCAGUAUUCCCAGUGCCGGGCUGGUGACCAUGCUCCUCAUCCUCACCGCGGUGGGCCUUCCCACGGAGGACAUCAGCCUGCUGGUGGCGGUGGACUGGCUGCUGGACCGCUUCCGCACGUCGGUGAACGUGGUGGGCGACUCGUACGGCGCGGGCAUCGUGUACCACCUCUCCAAGGACGAGCUGGACAGCUUCGACGCGCAGCAGAGCCGCCCGGAUGAGUUCGAGAUGGCCAAGACGCAGUUCUACGACAACAACACCAACCACCAGAACCACGCCUACGCCUCGCACCAGCAGGCCAUGUUGAUAGACGACUGCAAGGUGACCAUGGGCAGGAACGGCAGGACAACAGAGUACUCAUUUGUUGAGGAGGAACCCUGGAAACGGGACUAAAGCGGCAGCACCCUGGUUCCCUCCGCUGACCUAACACCCAGCGACAUUAAGCCCAGGAGGACAGACCCCCCUGUAGUCCUGACUCCCACCCCGGCCUCCCCACGCCGCUCUACGUCUCACUGAUCCAACGCUCCGCAGUGUUCUCUCACCCCUCGGCCUUACCCCGUGCUGCCGCUCGGUGGUCGCUGGGGACAAGGGGGAGAUGUUCUUUGGAUGAAACAUCUCCCUUUUAUCUUUUAUUUAUGUGCUGCUUAAAGGCAAGAUGCUGAUGUGUUGAGAUAGGGAGAUAGCCUCUUUAACAUCAGGGAGCGAGCAGGAAGCCCCAGUACACCGGCCUGACCACAAACCAGUUGGUCAGCCCCUCGAUAUCAGAAUGGAGACACGUUCACUCCUGGUCCAGCAGCAGAUGCUUCUCUGGGUUGAUUUUUAACGUCAUUAUUUGUGGGAAUUUCCAUCGUUUCUAAACUUUCUGCCUUUUCUUUGUAAAAGUGUUGAAUAAAGGAAGCAUCUGCUUGGUAAGGCAGGCAGCGCAGCAGAGCUUGUGUGGAAAGGUGAAGGAAGACUUACCUUUGACUCCUUGAGUAAGGGGAUUACCUGCGACCUGCGUGUCCACGUGGUCCUAAGUACGGAUUAGCUCCGGACUUAGACCUAAGAGGGCCGUGACGUGCGACAGCGUAAUUAAACAGCAGCCUCUUCAGCCAGCGAAGGUCUCUGCACACACACACACACACACACACACACACACACACACACACACACACACACACACACACACACACACACACACACACACACACACCCCACCUACACAUGUACUCACACACACACACACACACCCCACCUACACACACACUCACACACUACACACCCCACCUACACACACACUCACACACUACACACCCCACCUACACAUGUCCUCACACACACACUACACACCCCACCUACAAACGCACACACACACUACACACCCCACCUACACACACACUCACACACUACACACCCCACCUACACACACACUCACACACUACACACCCCACCUACACACGCACUCACACACUACACACAGCUCCCUACACACGCACUCACACACUACGCACAGCUCCCUACACACACACUCACACACACAGCUCAGGUACUCACCUGUAGAUCCAUUGAUUACAUGGAAAUCAUCCAAUCAGGUUUGUUUGGCAAAGGUAUGCGUAUGUGAUGUAAAGUGUGUGUGUGUGUGUGUGUGUGUGUGUGUGUGUGUGUGUGUGUGUGUGUGUGUGUGUGUGUGUGUGUGUGUGUGUGUGUGUGUGUGUGUGUGUGUGUGUGUAUGUCUGUGUAGGUGGCUGUGCGUGUACAUGUCCAUGCGUUUGCAUGUCUGUGUCUGUGUGUUUAUGUGUUUGUGUGUGUUUGUGUGUGCGUGUGUGUAUGUUGCUCCUGUGUUGUUUCUUGUCUUUGCUUCAUGAGUAUCUUGCCUUGGAGAUGUUGAUUGCAAAGUGCAGAGGGUGUGAUGAUGGUGUCAUGGCCGGUGACGGAAAGAGUAUCCAUUAGAAUCGCUUUGAAUUAGUGCUGAUGAUGCCCACCACUGUCUCAAAAAACAUUUUUUUUUUUACUUAUGAAGGCUGGGCCUUUCUUGAAAUAAAAACCAUUUACAAACACACACACUCAAUAUAAAUACGAAAUAUACCUGGUAAAUAUAAUUUGGAUGAUCUCUGUGAUAUAUAUUUCUAACUGGAUUGUUUAUUACUUGUUUUGCACUGGCAUAAAUGUCCAUGUUUAAAGUGCCUCCUUGCACUUUGUGUAUAUAUGCAAAUAUAUAUAUAUUUAUAUAAAUAUAUAUGUUGUAUAUAUAUAUAUAUUUAUAUAUAUAAUGAGUUAGAUAAAAGGUCAAUUUUACUGUAGCUUCAAAAUGAUCUGUGAUCCUUCGUAAGUUGUUACUGAAACAAUUGAAAAAAUAUAUAUGUAUAUAGAAGAUGAAAAUUAUAGACGUAGGGAAUCUUCUUCCAAUUGUAAUACAGCUUUCUCUCGUUGGAUUAUUGCAUCUAAAUCGUUUGUGGAUGUUAGUGUGUGCUUCCCCGGUCCUGUCUAAGUAGGCCUACGCUCCUCACUGAGGCACUGGGCGUGUCGUGUGUGUGUUGCUCUGUUUCUAUUGGUGGGAUUGGUUUUGUGUUAAAUUCAGGCAAUGUUGAAAGUUCCAGCGUACACCUGAGCAAGGCAUUUGUUUGUUAUCUCUAUCUAAAUAAAAAAAAUGCGAGAUCUUGUAAUAUUACAA